AUGUUAGGGCGAGCCUACAGAGGACUGCCUCGUAGUAAAAGCAGGUAUGUGAUAAACGAGACUGGCCGACGAACUAUUGCUACCUUCAUGCCACCUAGUUCGGGCACCGCGGACCCUUUGGAACGCUGGAGGAACCCUCCUCCUGAAGCCGAGCCAGCCAAUUUAUCGGCUAUUCAAAAUGCGCUUGAAAGUCAAUCGAUUGGGAAAAGUGUCACCAGUGCAUCCUCUCGUCUCUCCAACCGAUCUUGCUUGUCCGCUAUAUCCAGUGGCAGCCAGAACCCUUCGAUCAAGACAUCUGGAGUUCAAAAGAAACAGUCCAGCACAAGCAGAAAGAAGCGGAGUGCUUUUAACAAUCCUCUCAUAUUUUACUGCACGUUCUGCUGUGAUAAACUUAAGAACAAAUAUGACUGGAUGCGUCAUGAGAAGUCUAUCCAUCUCAACCUGGAGAAUUGGACGUGCGCACCGUAUGGCGGUUCAGUCGUAUUACCAUCAACAGGUCGCAUGCGGAAAUUUCGGCGAAGUGACCACCUGUUUCAGCAUCUGCGCCUUUUCCACCGUCUGGACACUAUGCCUCUCAUCCACGGAUGGAAACAUGUCACCGUGGACUUCUCGUCCCGCUGUGGAUUCUGCGACAGCCGGAUGUCCAACUGGGACGAGCAAGCCGAUCAUCUAACAGUCCACUUCCGCCAAGGAUGUACGAUGGCCCACUGGAAAAGCGAUCAUGAAUUUCCGCCAGAGAUCGCUGCGCAAGUCAAACAUAGUGUACCUCCAUAUCUGCUCGACUUCGAAUCCCGAACCCUCGUCCCUUUCUCCGCUACAAACGGUGCUGUCAAUGAUCAUCUCUCUCAGAUGCUGACCUGGGCCAGUUUUCUAAAAGCAAAAGACGAACCUCAAAUGCAUCCAGAAUCAGAAGCUCUGGAGGUGGCACUGCAACCAGCUCCAGAGCCUCAGUUGGAUUCGUAUACUGAAGUACUCACGCGUCACUUAAGCCAUUACGCACAACGGAUGAUGAGCAGCGACACAAUCCCCGCAGACGAGAUGUUUCAGGUAAAGGCGAGGCAUCUGUUGUUUGAUUCCAAUUAUCAGUGA